AUGGUCAAGGCGGAUGUCAAACGGGACUACUAUGCGGAUUUGGAUCUCCCUUCUACCGCCGAUGCAGAGGAGAUCAAAAAACAAUUUAGACUUCUGGCGAAACAAUACCACCCGGACCGAAACCCGGGUCAUGAAGUCGAGGUCGUUCCUAGGUUCCAAGCCGUCCAAGCCGCUCAUGAAAUUCUCAGCGAUCCUGUCGAGAAGGCGAAGUAUGAUGCUGGUCGGGCAAAACUGGCUGCUAAGGCCGCUGCGACCGCUUCAACAGCAUAUUCCUCGGAUCCUUACGGCUUUCCAAGACCGAACAACGCCAAAUCGACUCCUACCGCAAAACAGCAAUUCCCUUUUCCACCGCCCCCCAAGUCGGCGCAAAAUCGUGCCCCAUUUGCGACGGUAAAUCCGAAGCAGCAAGCCUCUUCUGGGGCCGAUAAGUUCAAUGCGUUCACCCGGGGAGUACCACAAUCAUGGGACCGUUCGAAGUACGACGAGGCUCGAGCAGAGGCCGCAAGAGUUUUCCCUUCCAUGAGGCCCACGUCCUCUGCCCAACAAAUGCCACCACGAUCAGUUCCCAGACAAGCCCCUACUGCUCCCAAACCACCUUCCAGCUCAGAUAUGCCAUACGCGCCCAAUAUACCGCCCACGGGUUUUCCAGGCUUGUCGAGGACGGCAAGUUCCAGAAAAUCAGACUAUCACGGGGCAGACGCUUCGCAGUUUCCUCGUUCGGCGUUUUCUUACGUCCAAGGAACGCGCGGACAGCCGCCGCCGCCUAACCCACAUAUCCACGUCCAAGACAACCAAUCCAUGCGUUCGCCGCCUGUUUCUAGAGCCAGGCCCGCGGUCAGUCCUCUGCGGCAUACACGAUCCUCCGAUUAUGACAUGAGACACGAUCUCGGAGGUCGUCCGCCCUCAAGAUAUGCAGGAGGAGGCGGGGAACGAACAGACAUCAAUGGAGACGGUCUACAUCGUUCGUCGAGCGUCCGCAACUCACCAAUUGAUGAUCGAGGACCGUUCGGCAGGUCCUCGACUCGCUACGAGAGCAUUCCACGUCAUCGGAGUGCCAGCCCUGGGCUGCGAAAAGCAGGGAUACAUGCAGAUUUCUCAGAGACCUCUUCAAGUGACGAAGAAACGCUACAUAUGAAUUCCAGGCCGAAAGCUGUCCCCAGGAGCAGACCAACCGCCCGGACAGGACCGAGUUAUGAUGCUGACAACAACCCGGGCUUGACGGGCCAAUUCCCCAGUACUAACUAUACUAGAAUUGUCGAUGACAGUCGGUAUCAGUACCCCCCUCCCGAACCGAAAGAACCGACCCGCAAACCCUUCCCAAGCGUGACAACCCCAGAGGAGGAGGCACCCAAGCCUAAUGUGUGUCAUGGUGGCGGAGGAGGUUCGGAAAAACCCAAGUAUGCUCCCUUUUUCUUGGAUUCCCAAACCUGGUCCCGAGGAAAUAGACGUGAUUAUUUUGCCCACAGAGGGCGUUCCUUCAACGGAUUUCCUUCCUGGGCAGUCCCCUCGAGUGUUUUCCCGCAGACCACGCCUCCCCGGCCUCAUAGGCAGAACGGUGACACCCCCGGGCCAGGAGGUGGUCUUGAUUCUGUUCAGUCGUGGAGCAAGAGCGCUAACCCAAACGUCAGUAAUGACUCCGCCCACCCCAAGGUCCAGACGACGUUCUCAGCGGCGGAAUGGCAUGAUAAGGUGACGGCCGAGGACAUCUUCCGUCCAGAUGAGUCCCAGACACGCAAGUCCCCCUCGAAACUCAACCGAAGCGGGAGUAAACCAACGUCACGAGGAAGAGCACAAUCACGGUCUGCAGAGCACGAUCCUGCUUCUUCAUCUGAGGUUCCCAACGGUCAUACAGAAGACAAGUCGGCCGCAUUCCAACCUGGAAAGCUGGCUGACGACUGGGCUGCUAAAGCCUCGGCGAGACCACCUCCUUCUCGCAAUCCGAGAGCAAGCCCUGCUUCAGACACCACUGACGACUCCAGAGAUCGCUACGUUGUAGUGGAGGAAGACGCAAUGGACGUCGACACCCCACCAACUAACAAUACCAAGGCCCCUGCCUCGAAUGGAAUCAAAUAUCCAGCCAGUGGGGAACCACCCCGCCCCGAACCGAAACGUCGGUCAACAAAUGGAGGAGUGGAUCUCAAGGAAUUUGCUCAACAAGCUCCAUUUGCGCCAACGUCGGCUGGGCUCAAAGGCAUGAAAGAUGACCUUGAAACAUUCCUCCCAUUUGAGUCUCGAGCGGCCCACGAUGUCAACCUCAAUCGUACAGCAUCCGCACGAAUCCGGGCUCUGAAUCUCCCCAAACCACCGAAAGUGGUGGUCCCGCCGGCUGCAGAUCGGUUGGACAAGUCCAAUUUCGCACAGUAUGUGGCAAAUAUGGAGAACUACAUGCGCGAGUGGAAUUUGUUCAACGCAAGGAUGCUUGAGCAUUUCCGAUCCCGGCAGGAUCGCGUUUGUGGCACGAUGAGCCCACACUGGAUUGCGCAGCCUAGCGACGGACCAGAUGCAGAUGCAUUGGAUAAAGACGAUGCUAGUGACAAACUGGCAGGAUACGGCGCGUAUAUUCAAUGGCUCAAAGACGAUGCGCAGUGUCGGCAUUGGUGGGAAGAGGCAAACGAAAGGCAUUUGGAAUGUAUGGAAGACCUGGGAAAAAUCAGGCAGGUUGCGAAGCAAAAGUUGCGGCCUUGA